GUGUCUAAACAGCGGUUGAACCCUUUUUGAGCCAUUGCGGCUUCCGUAAAGCAACAACACAAGGUCAAAAAUGGCAGCCUGCACGAGAGGGCUCAAAAAUCUUUUCAUUUCGAAGACGUUUUGUCGUGUUUUGCAAUUUCAAGAUGAACGGUUUUUGUGUACGUCUGUGCUUCGUUGUGCUAAUAAAUUCGUCCCUCCAUCCAAACCUGUAAUAAUAGACAAAACACAGACGACGGCGUCAUUGCGGAAAUUUCUGAGUCCAGAGUUUAUUCCUCCCCGGGGGAGAACUGACCCCUUCAAGUAUUUCAUGGAGAGGAGGGACAUGGUUCGCAGGAGGAAGUCGCUCAAUAUUCCUGAAUUCUACGUGGGAAGCAUCCUGGCGGUGACCAUGGCCGAUCCCAACGCCAGCGCAAAAACGAAUCGCUUUGUUGGAAUCUGUAUCCAAAGAGGCGGGAGAGGACUGGGAGCAACGUUUGUCCUGAGGAACAUCCUCAAUGGUCAAGGAGUGGAGAUCUGUUAUGAGCUGUACAGCCCUCGCAUCCAGUCAAUCGAAGUGCUGAAACUGGAGAAAAGACUCGAUUCCAACCUGAUGUACCUGAGAGAUGCAAUGCCCGAGUACAGCACCGUGGACCCCGAGAUGAAGCCGGUGCCUUUCUCCCCGACGGGAGAGGUCCCCGUCAACAAGUUAAAAGUAAAAAUGCGUCCCAAGCCGUGGUCCAAACACUGGGAACGCCCGCAGUUCAACAUCCAGGGCAUCCGCUUCGACCUCUGCAUGACGCCAAAACAGAUGGAGUUUGUGCAGAAGAAAUAUGCCAAACCGUGGGAGGAGUACGACAUGCUGAAGGAGUACGACACCUCCAAACUGGAGGAGCAGAUCCACGCCGAGGUCCAGCAGGACAUGAGCAAGUGAAGACCAUCAUUCAAGACUGGAAACGGAGACAUGAGACUUAAAAAUAAACUUUUUUUAAACCAAUUGGA